UCAGAAGCAUUUGCCACCUCUCAUUUUUUCCUGCAAGAGCACUCUCAGCUCUCUGCUCUCUCUCUCUCUCUCUCUCUCUCUCUCAAGAAAAUGCAGCUCCUGCAGUGCCCAUCUUCUUCUCCAUCUCUCUUCCUAUGCUGCUCAAAAGUCCAACCGAACAGAGGACCGUGUUUCUUGGCGAAUUCUCUCGCACCAUCGGCAACCUGCUCUUGUAUCCAGCAACAAUGGCUUCGAAGCUCCAGAUGGGUAUCUCGCAAACCGCCCGUCUCGAAUUCCCUGCAGCUAAGGCUGCUUCAGUGGAAGAGAGUACUUCUGCAGUUUCAGCUCAGACAGCUGAAAGUGAUGUGCUGAAAGCCUUGUCUCAAAUUAUUGAUCCUGACUUUGGAACGGACAUUGUUUCAUGUGGUUUUGUUAAGGACCUCCUCAUAGAUGAAGCUCUUGGAGAGGUUUCGUUCCGGUUAAAGCUCACUACACCUGCAUGUCCAAUCAAGGACAUGUUUGAGCAGCAGGCAAAUGAGGUGGUGGCUAAUCUUCAUUGGGUCAAGAAUGUUAAAGUAACCAUGUCAGCACAACCAGCAAAACCUGUUUUCACAGGUGAACUUCCUCCAGGGUUACAGACGAUCUCAAACAUUAUAGCAGUUUCAAGCUGCAAGAACCCAGAGAAAAGAAGCAUAAUUCCCACAGAAUACCUAGGAGUGAAGCUGGUAUCUUUUGGAUUUGCUGGACAAGGCCGUGCAAUUAUGCGAGGUCCAAUGGUUUCUGGUGUCAUAGACCAACUCUUGACUACUACUGAGUGGGGUGAGUUGGAUUACCUUGUUAUUGACAUGCCACCGGGGACUGGUGACAUUCAGCUUACAUUAUGCCAGGUUGUACCCUUGACAGCUGCUGUCAUUGUUACCACCCCUCAAAAGCUUGCCUUUAUAGAUGUAGCAAAGGGAGUUCGCAUGUUCUCAAAACUUAAGGUACCCUGUGUUGCUGCUGUGGAAAAUAUGUGCCACUUUGAUGCCGAUGGAAAGCGCUAUUACCCACUUGAUAGAGGAUCAGGCUCUCAGGUUGUCCAGCAGUUCGGAAUUCCUCAUUUAUUCAAUCUUCCCAUUAGACCAACGUUAUCAGCCUCUGGAGAUAGUGGAAUGCCAGAAGUUGUGGCAGAUCCUCUAGGAGAAGUUGCCAAGACAUUCCAGGACCUCGGAGUGUGUGUCGUGCAACAGUGUGCCAAGAUUCGUCAACAAGUGUCAACAGCCGUAACUCAUGAUAAAGUAAUCAAGGCAAUCAAAGUGAAGGUUCCAGAUUCAGACGAGGAGUUCUUUCUACACCCCACGACCGUGAGAAGAAAUGACCGAUCAGCUCAAAGUGUGGAUGAGUGGACAGGGGAGCAAAAACUGCAGUAUUCCGAUGUUCCAGAAGACAUCGAACCAGAAGAGAUUCGGCCAAUGGGAAACUAUGCCGUGUCCAUAGUUUGGCCAGACGGUUUUAGUCAGAUUGCUCCAUAUGAUCAGUUGCAAACGAUUGAGCGUCUGGUCGGUGUUCGUGCGUAGUCGUGACACAUUCAUCCAACUACAGUCGUAGAUCGAGGCUCAGGUGAAAAGAAUUGGCGAACACUAGAAUUCUCUCGAGAAUGUAAUCGGCAUCGUCUUCUCUCUGCCCGCCCCGAUGGGCUAGUCGACUAAAGGCAGCAGAUUGGAGAGUGCAGAGUAGCUCGAACAGAUAUUCGAACCCGGAAAGCCUCUAUAUAUGUGCUUGCUCUCUCCUCUCUUCUUGUUUCAUUUUCUCUUCGGCACUUCCUGUAAGAAUCUCAGAAUAUAAGGAAUUCCAGUACAUGAUGCACUUGCUUCAUUUUUAGUAUCCA